AUGGAUAAUGCAAACCUGUGGACCCGCCGGACAAACUCGUCCAAGUUGUCCCUGUCUACGUCCGGAGACGCGAAAGACGGUGCCCGUGUCGAGCUGCCCCGCCCAUCCAAGCGGUUCGGACCUGACAGCUCGCAUGGCCGCUCGAAUCCAUUUAACGCAAUAUCCCCAUUAUCCGGCGGUGUUUCCUCGCCAUCCACCAACGCCUCCUCCGCUUUCGGCCUGGGGUCCGGCGCAUUCGCCUCAUUCGGUGCGCCGAAGACUCCCGGUGGCUCCGAGUUGAAAACACCCGGACGGGAGGUCCCUUUGGAACACGAUGAGGCUACCCGCAAGGCCUUUGAGAACCAGCACGUCGCUGCUCCUGGUGAGCACCCGCUGAAGUCGACGUGGAUCGUUUGGUAUCGCCCUCCCACACCCAAAUACUCCGACUAUGAAAAGUCUACCGUCCCGCUCGCUUCGAUAUCUUCGGUAGAGAGCUUCUGGGCGGUGUACUCUCAUCUUAAACGUCCUUCUCUUCUUCCCACGGUUUCCGAUUACCACAUCUUCAAGAAGGGGAUUCGCCCCGUCUGGGAAGAUGAGGCGAACAAGCGGGGAGGUAAGUGGAUCGUACGUUUCAAAAAGGGUGUUUCCGAUAGAUACUGGGAGGAUCUCCUCUUGGCUAUGGUUGGAGACCAGUUUGCAGAGGCCGGAGAUGAAGUCUGCGGCGCUGUACUGAGUGUCCGAGGCGGCGAAGAUGUUUUGAGCGUGUGGACGAGGAUUGACGGGGGGCGCAACAUCAAGAUCAGAGAAACGAUCAAGCGCCUGCUUAAUUUCCCGGCAGACACCAACAUCAUCUGGAAGAGCCACGAUGACAGUAUUGCACAGCGGUCUGCCAUCGACCAGGCUCGCCAUGAGAAGACCGCCACUGGCGCAGGUCAUCAAGAACGGCGACGUACAGGCCAAGAUGACUCGGACAAGGCCAAAGCGCCUGUGGCCCUAUGA